UGAGUAAAGAUGUGGUUUCUAGAUAGUGCCUGACAAAGCGGAGACCAGAGUGUGAAGCGUCACCACUUGGGCCUAUAAAAGCUGCCUCAAGAGGCCAAGGUCACAAGCCGCUCAGCUUAGGCCAGCCUACGUGUCUGCUCCCGGCUCCUCCUGUGUUGAUUCUGAGCUCCAUGGCGCUCUGGUUGACCGUGGUCAUUGCUCUCACCUGCCUUGGCGGCCUUGCCUCCCCGGGACCCGUGCCUCCCUCCAAAGGCCUCACAGAGCUCAUUAAUGAGCUGGUCAACAUUACCCAGAACCAGGCCUCCCUCUGCAAUGGCAGCAUGGUGUGGAGUGUCAACCUAACAGCUGAGACGUACUGUGCAGCCCUGGAAUCCCUGAACGACAUCUCCAACUGCAGCGCCAUCGUAAGGACCCGGAGGAUGCUGACUGCACUCUGCCGUCACAAGCCCUCAGCCGGGCAGGUUUCCCGUGAGCGCAUCCGAGACACCAAAAUUGAAGUGAUCGAGUUGGCAAAAGACCUGCUCAACAAUGUGAGGAAAACUUAUCGCCACGGAGAGUUCAACUGA